UCUAUUUCAGUCAAGUUUAUCCCACAGAACGAAUAUUUCCUUCGUUGGGCACGCUUGGAAAAAUUGUAUCAGCAAACUUACCGCUUCAUUCCUCUCUUUCGAAGUCUUAAUAACAAGUUAUCCAACCUCAAACCAACAUGGAUUACGGUUCGAUCAUCAGGAGUGUCAUGGCUGAUAAAGGUAUCUCCAAGAACUUCAUUCGAGAGAGAAGCUCCAGACAAGGAGUGCGGGGAUUCUCCAGGAUCACGUGUUCCAAGUCCGAUUGUGACGGGUCCUGGAACACAAAUCAAGCCCAUGCUGUCAUCGAUCUGAAGAGACAGAGGAUAGUUAGGAUCUACAACCAGAAGUGCAAGAAAUGUGAUCAUGAAAACAAACCUAAAUUCGACGAAUCGGUGUUUCGAGAAAUGGUGAAAAAGGCGCUUGAAAUGGAGAAAAAGUUUCGGAAUCCUCAAAAGACAUCUUUGAAGCGUCCAGGAUUUUAUGGAGAUGACGACGGGUAUGGAGGACCUCCACACGAGAGCAGUCUCUGUGAGAAAUGUGGCUACGGAGCAUCCCCCUGUUGGAAAAGAUCCAAGCGUUUAGAACCUCCUACCGCCCCCAAAAAAAAACAACAACAAACAAACAAACAACUGAAGUAGCAUUUCCAGUUUUUUUUAACUGUAGUGAAUAUUGUGUGCAAUUGAUUAUCUUUGUUUUAUUUUGUAUUUUUCUAUUCUAGUCAAUUGAUAAUGCAUCAUUUUCCCUGUAUAAAUUUUGUUAUAUUGUUCCUUAAUUUUAUUUAUAUAUGCAGAAACUAUGAUAUAAAAUAUACAUAUUC